AUGGAUGACAGUAAUGAUCUUUGGAUAAACUUUCCAAAGUACAGUCAGGAUUAUAUAAAAGGGAUCAAAGAGUUUAUAAAAAAUGCAUUUCCCAAAGUGGCUGUAGGUGAAGAAAUGUUAUGCCCUUGUAGAAACUGUAAGAACAUCAAGUGGAAACAUCGAGAUAUUGUCUACGAUCAUCUCAUAUGCAGUGGUCCUCUUUCACUGUAUGCAAACUGGAUUGUAGAAGUUUCACAAUAUCGUGUCCCUGAUUAUGAAUGUAAUGAUGAGGCUAUAGACUUAGAAAACAAUAUAGAUUUUGGUGAUAAUCUAGAAAAAAUGUUGCAUCGUAGUAAUGGACUAAACUCUGAUACUAAGAAAUUUUAUAGCCAUCUGGAAGAGGGAAAGCUUCCCUUAUAUCAAGUCUGUACAAAUUUUUCUAGAUUAACUUUCAUUGUCCGACUUUAUUCCUUGAAGUGUGUUCAUGGAAUUACGGAAUCGGGGUUUGGGGAUAUACUAGAAUUAAUCAAAGAAGCUUUUCCAGCGGCAAAUAUUCCCCUGUCCUUCAACGCUGCUAAGAGUAUAAUUAGAGAUUUGGGUCUCGAUUAUAAAAAGAUACACGCGUGUCCCAAUAGUUGUAUGCUUUAUUGGGGUGAAAAUGAGAAGGAUGAAGAAUGUAAAACAUGUGGUCUGUCUAGGUGGGUUGUAGUUUCGAAGACAAGCACGAACGACAAUGAAGCUGAGAAGGUGCCUCGUAAAGUCGCGGCAAAUGUGAUGCGCUAUUUUCCACUAAGACCAAGGUUGCAGAGAUUGUUUAUGUGCAAAGACUAUUCAAAACUUAUGUCGUGGCAUGCACUUGGACGUAAAAAGGAUGGGAAACUUAGGCAUCCUGCUGAUGCAGAGGCUUGGAAGAACAUGGAUGCACUUUAUCCCCAUUUUUCGUCAGAAUAUAGGAACAUCAGACUAGGUGUAGCAUCGGAUGGAUUCAAUCCUUUCCGUUCGAUGAAUAUUAAUCAUAGUACAUGGCCAAUAGUUCUGGUAAAUUACAAUCUUCCUCCUUGGUUGUGUAUGAAGAUAGAAAACCUUAUACUCUCAACGCUUAUAUCAGGUCCAGAAUCCCCGAAGAAUAGCAUUGACGUGUACAUGCAACCACUAAUAGCAUUGGUGUUGAAACAUAUGAUGCUUCUACUGAUCAAACAUUUUGUUAGGUCCUGA